AUGGCGAGCAGCUUCAGUUGCUCGGAACGUACGAAACUGACAUGGAUGUUGGCGCUGCUGCUCAUCUUGGUCAUGAUGCUUCGAGUCGAUGGCCAAUCUGGGUUCCUAAGCGUCGACUGUGGAUGGACAGACAGUGCAGGUAGCACCUACAACGACAGCGCCACAGGACUACCGUAUGAUUCUGACGGAAAAUUUAUGGAAGGCGGUUUGAGCUCCAAAAUUUCUGCAGAGUUCAUUGCUGAUGCAGGGAACGAGCAACAAAAAACGCUGAGGAGCUUCCCUGACGGCAAACGGAACUGCUAUACGCUGCCAUCCGCCAUCGGUAAGAAGUUUCUGCUGAGGGCCAUGUUCAGUUACGGAAACUAUGAUGGGUUGAACAGGAGUAUGGACGGCUCGCCGUUCAUAUUUGGGCUGCAUAUCGGCGUCAAUUUCUGGGAGACAGUGAACUUGACAAAUUUAGAUCCAUCGCUCACAUUAUGGAAAGAGGUGCUCACCAUGGCUCCGGCCAACCUCCUGUCGUUCUGUCUGAUAAACUUGGGUUCAGGGACUCCGUUCGUGUCUUCAUUGGAGCUGAGGCCACUAGGAGAUGCAAUGUACCCUUUUCUGAGUACUUAUGUGUCUGUCAGCUACUUGAGACGGUUCAGAUUUGGGGACGCCGCUGAGUAUAUCACAAGAUAUCCAGUGGACAAUUACGACCGGUUCUGGGAGGGUUGGUCUUUCUCUUUCAACACCUACCCCUGGAUCAGCCUGAACACUAGCAGACCAGUGAACAGGCUCAACAGCAUUGACGUCUUCCAAGUACCAGAGGUCAUCCUCCAGAAAGCCACGACCCUGGAUACAAACUACUCCUUUAUGGAAGUUAGCGUGGAGGUCGGUAGCAACCUGGACAUCAGGGGCAUGGAGCUUCUCCCGAUAUUCCAUUUCACUGAGAUAGCUGGCGACAUCCCAAACAGGACGUUCAAUGUCUACAGCGCAGACGAGUUGCUGUUCCAGGACGUGUCCCUGUCGCCGAUGCGGGUAGAGAGCAUGUACCCGACGAAUCGGUUCUUGACGAAUCGGUUCCUGAGCGGGUCCAACACUACGUCCUUCAUGCUGCGCAAGGUCCCCGGCUCGAAGCUCCCGCCGCUCAUCAAUGCGCUUGAGGUGUACUCGAUUGUUCGGACGGACAACCUCACCACUUCCUCCGAGGACGUCAAUUACAUGAAAGAGGUGAAAAAACACUACAAUUUGGGAAGAAACUGGAAUGGAGAUCCAUGCUCCCCAAGAGAGUAUACCUGGGAAGGUUUGACUUGCGACUAUUCGAAUGGCAACCAGAAUCCGAGGAUUGUCCGAGUAAAUAUGUCUACGAGCAAACUAAGAGGUGUAUUAGCUAUAUCAUUCUUCAUGAUGGCAUCACUGGAAAAUUUGGAUUUAUCUCACAACAACUUGACGGGCACUAUUCCAAACUAUGAACUAAAGUCACUAAAAGUCCUCAAUUUGUCUUAUAACCAGCUCGACGGACCAAUCCCUAAUUCCAUUGUUCAAAGAUUUCAGGCCGGCCUACUUGACUUAAGACUAGAAGGCAAUCCCAUUUGCUCAAAAGGAAAAUACAUGUAUUGUUCAAAUACGAAGAACUCCAAACAUGUCAUGCUCACUGCAGUCAUAGUUCCAGUGGUAUUGGUAUCACUCCUAGUUGUGUUGGGCGUAUUAUGGAAGGUAUGCCAAAAAGGGAACUCAGGAGAUCAUGAGGACUAUGAUAUUUAUGAAGAGGAAACACCCCUACAUAUUGAUAUCAGACGGUUCACUUAUGUAGAGUUGAAGUUCAUCACUAAGGACUUCCAAUCAAUCAUUGGAAAAGGAGGUUUUGGUACUGUUUAUCAUGGCAUACUGGAAAAUGGCGAUGAAGUAGCUGUUAAGGUGCUUAUGGAGACAUCAAUAGCAGAGUCAACAGACUUCCUCCCAGAGGUGCAAACCUUGUCCAAAGUUCAUCACAAGAAUCUCGUGACUUUGGCAGGAUAUUGCCAAAACAAGAAGUGCCUAGCACUCGUUUAUGACUUCAUGUCUAGAGGAAAUCUUCAACAAAUCUUAAGAGGAGGACAUGACUAUACCUUGAAUUGGGAACAACGACUUUACAUUGCACUUGAUGCUGCACAAGGAUUGGAGUAUUUACACGAGUCAUGCACCCCAUCAGUAGUUCACAGAGAUGUGAAGACCCCCAACAUCCUUCUAGAUAAGAAUCUGGUUGGGAUAAUAUCUGACUUUGGUCUUUCAAGGGCAUUUAAUGAUGCUCACACACACAUAUCUACUGUUGCUGCUGGCACUCUUGGCUACCUCGACCCAGAGUACCAUGCAACUUUCCAGCUCACAGUCAAGACAGAUGUUUAUAGUUUUGGCAUCGUACUCUUGGAGAUCAUCACUGGCCAACCCCCGGUAUUGGUGAACCCUCAAACCAUCCAUCUACCAAACUGGAUUCGUCAAAAGAUUGCUACAGGUAGUAUUCACGAUGUUGUCGACAAGAGGUUAUUGGAUCAAUAUGAUGCUAGUUCCCUGCAGAGUGUGGUAGACCUUGCCAUGAUGUGUGUCGAAAACGCAACCAUCGACAGACCGACAAUGACUGAGGUUGUUUCAAGGCUCAAAGCAUGCUUGCCGGAAGUUCCAAGGCUAUUGCAACCAACGAUUUCAGGAGUUCCGCCGAUAAGCAGUGAGGGGGAUUUCCAGUUUGAUUAUACCGGUCGGAUGUCAAACACAAGCCUCUUAUCUGGCAGGUGA